AUGCUUGCCAACAGUCGAAGUUUAACGAGGAGGUUCAUCCAUGCCACCUAUAGACUGAGCUGUGAGGCAGAACAGAAAUCUACUCCUACACCAGAAGAGGCAGGAUGGGCAUUCAAUCAUGUUGAGAGGAAGAAGGGAAUGUUCAAACCUAAACACUCUGUAGAGGAACAGAUAGCUUUCAUGCAAAGCAAUGCUUACGAGCAAGCAUAUAAAGGACUACCUGUUCAUCGUUGGUACAAAAGAAAUAUGAAGGGACAAUCGAUAAUGCAGCCAACUCCUCGUCUAUUCUGUAUUGAUCGAUACGGAAGAUUCAAUGUUAACCAUGCUUGCCCAGUCUGCAGGGAUGAAUAUUUAUUCUUUGAUUAUCGUAAUCCCAGUUUGAUAGAGCAGUUCUUAUCAGAAGGAACAGAUCAGCCUAUUGAUAUUUUGAAAAGUGGUUUGUGCAGAGAACAAUAUGCUUUGUUGAAAGCGCAACUGUUAAAAGCUAAAGAGCAUGGUACAAUAACAUUCGGAAUAGAGUUCAGGAAUUUCGACUAUCGUCAGUGGUACAAGAGUUGGUCUGAAGAGCCAAAAGCAUCUGUGGAAAGAGCUGGCUUGAGAAUUCAAGAUGUACAUCCAGAUCCUCUCGUAGAGUUCCCUACAUUCAAGAGAGAUAAGGAUAAUGAUUGGGAUCAAUGGUGGUUGAGAUACGACAAGUUUGCCAAAAAAGGAAAGUAA